AUGAGAAUCGGGUGCCUACAAUUCGCGCCAAAGGUAGGCGACGUAACCAACAACAUCGCGCAAGCCGAGGCCGUCCUCUCGAGUGCGGAUCAGGAUGAGCUGAAGAAUCUGGACCUUCUCGUCCUCCCCGAGAUGGCCUUCAGCGAGCCGGAAAACUAUAACUCGCUCAUUGUCGUCGAUCGCGAUGGCGAGACGCUGGCAAACUAUAGCAAGUCGUUCCUCUACUACACGGACGCCACCUGGGCCCGCGAAGGCCGGGGCUUCUACGGGGGGAAGCUGGGCGACUUGGGCCAAACCGCCAUGGGGAUAUGUACUCCCUACAAGUUCGAGGCCCCCUGGGACGCCUACGAAUUUGCCUUCCACAUCCUUCGCGUGCGAGCGAACCUGGUCAUCCUGUCCACCGCGUGGUUGACCAACGACGAGCGCACCGGCUUUCUGGCCUGCCCGGACGCGCCCGACCUGUACACGCUCACCUACUGGGCCCAGAGGCUCGAGCCCGUCAUCCGGACGGGGGCCUCCGAGGAGACCGUCGUGGUGUUCGCCAACCGGUCCGGCGUCGAGGAUGAAGCCACGUACGCCGGCACCAGCACCGUCCUCGGCAUCAGGGACGGCCAGGUGUCCGUGUACGGCAUCCUCGGGCGCGGCGUGGAGGAGCUGCUGGUGGUCGACACGGACAAACCGCCGCUCGGGAGACUCGUAUAUCGUCCGGCGGUUCCCGGCGACGGCUCGCCAACCCAGACCAGCGCCCUCCCAACAACAGCAAGCCGCCGCCGACUAACAGCCGCGAAAGCCGCCGGUGCCGAACACAAGCCGGCCGGCAGCACCCACCCCCGACCGAAACUCACCCUCCAAACCGACCUCCCCCGGCUCCGCACACCACCGGCCGCCUCGGCGGAGCUGGACCCGACCGGACACGGCCCGUCAGCCUCCCACUGCCGUCGGCGAUCGCCAUUUUCGUCGACGACGCCUGCUGCACGCCCGACAACGCCGCCAUCCCGCAGCCGGGCGUUCCGACAUGGCGGCGGCGGCGGCCCGCGGUGCCGUCUUCUCCCUGCGGCAGCGCGGUGAUACGGGUCGCCGCGAGCCCGAGCGUCCUCGCCGGUUGGGGGCAGAUGGUCUGCGUGUAGGGAACGGGCGAGGCAAGGUUGUUUAAGUUUUGGGGAUCGGAGCGGGACGGGUGUGGUUUGAUUCGUUGAUCUAUCUGCUGGGGUGGCGGUCGGAGACAGGUUUCUUUUCUUUUUUUUUUUUUUUUUUGUUUUUGGGAAACGCCGGACAUGGAUUGCAUAGGCUAGCGGUCAUGUUGUGUACAAUGGCAUUGUAAAGAAUUGCGUUUGGAAGGGACGGAGGAGCAGGGCGUAUCAAGGAGGAUAAUAAGCGAGUAAAUAGGGCAUCAUCAAGGCAUGUAAGGACGUGACAGGACCUGGAAAGCUGGACAUUUGACAAGCCU